AUGGAAAGCCACGCGUGUUCAUCAUAUGACACACAAAAUGACGAGGACGAUCACGUCUUACGUCAGCUAUCUCUGGAAACCAAUGAGAUUGAAGGAAAUAUUAUCAUGGAUAACGACGAUGAACAGCUUGUUUGUGGAUAUGGAAGAUGCACACCAGAGUGGCUGCAAAAAUAUCACAGUGCUAAAUGGCUAAUAGUUAUGCUUGGAAUCUGUGCAUUUAUCCAAAGUUUUGUUGUCAACAGUAUAUUCCCUGUAGGUUUAUCAACACUUGAAAAAAGAUUUCACAUGACAAGUACUCAAACGGGAAUCAUAUCGAGUUGGUAUGAUUUUGCAGUACUGAUAGCUGUAUUUCCAGUAUGUCACUGGGGUAAUACAGGUCAUAAAGGUCGUUGGAUAGGAAUAGGCUCGUUCGUCAUGGCACUUGGCUCAUUCAUAUGUGUACUGCCCCACUACAUGGUUGCACCUUAUCAGUAUCAGGGAGCAAAAUUUAAUGAAACUGAGCACAGCCUGUGUACAUACAGGGAGAACUCAGCUGUAGACUGCUUAAAGCUUCCGUCAUCCUCAGCAUCUUACUUGAACCCAUAUUUUCUGAUGUUUUUGCUCGGGCAAACUUUGCAUGGUAUCGGUGCUACUCCGCUUUUUUCUAUAGGUACUGCAUAUCUGGAUGAAAAUGUUUCUCAGAAGGCGUCACCUGUUUAUUUAGCAAUUCACUCAGUCGUGACGUCUAUUGGACCCGUAAUUGGAUUAUUUGUUGGUGGUUUCUUACUUACUAUUUACACGGAUUUUGAGCGUGUGGACACGUCAGAGAUAAGGCUUAAAGAUUCAUCUGAUCCUCGGUGGGUUGGUGCAUGGUGGCUUGGUUUCUUAGGUUCCUCAAUACUUGCUUUCAUGACUGCUUUUCCAAUUCUGAUGUUUGCUCGAGAACUGCCAGAGGCUAAGAAACAUCGCUUGAAAGAUGUCAAUCAAGUGCACGCUGUAUCGCAAAUGGAUGCUGAUAACGAUAUUAUCAUAAAAGGAAAGCUGAAAUAUCUUCCACGUGCUGUUUGGAAUAUUCUGCGAAACCCUACUUUUGUAACAACAAUAGUUCUGGGCAUUUUCGAAUCGAUUGUGAUCAAUGGAUUUGCAGCAUUUAUGCCAAAAAUCUUAGAAGCCAUACUUAGCACCACUCCCACCAAAGCUUCUUACCUUUCUUCAAUCGUAAUAUUUGCUGCUGCAGCUGGUGUGAUGCUUGGUGGAGCUUUAAUACGUCAGUUUAACUUGCAGGUCAGUGGAAUGCUAAAAUUGAUAUUUAUAUCUCAUUUGAUCGCAUUGAUACUUACGCCAUGCUUCCUGAUACAAUGUCCAGCUCGUGACUUUAUUGGAAUCAAUUUGGGCUACAACAAUCAACGAAUAAAAGGUAAUAUGGCUAAUUUGCAUGAUACUUGCAAUGCUAAUUGUUAUUGUACAAACAAAUGGAAUCCCAUUUGUCAUGAAGGCACGGGCUACACUUUUUAUUCAGCUUGCUAUGCUGCAUGUGCCGAUUGGAAGCAAAAUGCCACAGGUACAUACUGGGUCAACUGCGCUUGCUUCGAUAAGCUGGUGUCGUACACGGCACAGAUACAGUACCUCGAGAAGCACUUGAAACAAGGCUUCUGCGAGAAGGAAUGUGGCUAUGCUCAGUGGCUAUUCCUCAUACUGCUGUUCUUUUCAGUUGUCGCCAGUUUCGCCACAGGAAUCCCAUCUCAACAGAUUAUGCUGCGAGUGGUACCUUUCCAACAGCGAACUUUAGGCAUUGGAGUUCACUGGACAUUUCUUCGACUUCUAGGCUUUAUCCCGGGUGGAGUAUUGUUCGGUAUGAUGAUUGAUACGGCUUGUCUAAAAUGGAAAGAAGAAUGCGGGAAACGUCAGUCUUGCUUGGUUUACGAUCCAUACAAAUUGUCUUGGACUAUUAUGGCUGUUGCAGUAGUAUGCAAAUUAGUUUCAAUAUUGGCAACAAUUCUUGGCUACAUAACUUAUCGUCCUAAUGAUAUGGAUAAUAAUAUAUCAGUACAAACGACUGACAGCCGUGGACCGUUGUCACUUACUGUUAAUGAUGAUCGACCACCCGAUGAAAUGACUAAAUCAUUUGAGGCUUGCGAGUGA